AUGGCGGCGCAGGACGGCUCCCUUGAAGACGGGCUCCGCCAGCUGCUGGCGAUGCGCGGCUCCGAGCGGCAGGCAGCCCUUGCCGCGCUGUCGGGGAACCAGCCGUCGGCGAGUCCCCAGGCGCCGCCUGCCCGCCAGGGCAGCCGGGGCUCUGGCCUGGAGCACCCCGCGUGGAGUGGCGGCGGCUGCCCGGCGGGGCUGGCUGCAGGCCCGGGCCUCUGGCCGUCGGAGUCGGCCGGCGGCAUGCAGCACGCCGCCCCGAUGAAGGUUCCGCUGCCGGCAGACUGCGGUGGCUUCAUGCAGCAGGAGGCAUACGCAGGGCCCGCGUUCCGGCAGUCCCGCAGCGCGCCGCGGGCGCCGCCGCCCCGGCAGGGCGAGGACGACUGCAACCAGCUGGUGCAGAGCAUGACCAACGCCAUGAGCAGGAUCCUCCUCGACGGCGCACAUGGGCAGGCCGCGGGGAACGCCGCCGUCCGCGAGGAGCGGCUGCGCCACAUCGAGUGGCUCCGCGGCCAGCUGGAGCUGCAGCAGGAGCAGAGCAUGCGCAAGAUCUCGCACAUGUUCGACCACAGGGCGUCCGCGGCCGCGCCUGCAAGCCCGCCGGCCGCCGCCGCGGCGGCCCCGAGCCGCCGCAGCCCGCUCGCGGCGCAGGGGUAUCCGCUUGCGGGUCCCCGUGGCCAGCGGCCGCAGGAGGCGGACGAAGGCUCUGCGCUGCAGCGGCCUCGCAACAUGAAGCGCCGCGGCGACGACAACUCGCAGGUCACGCCGGUGCCCGUGCAUGCCAUGGCGGCCAUGCCCGGCUGGGACCCCCGGCUGGCCCUCGCGGCAGCCGAGGCCGCUGGCAGCGUGCCGAGCCACUGGGCUCCAGCCAACGUGGAGAGCCCCUCCCGCGCGGCUUGGACGAAGAAGCAUGCGCAGGCUUCUCAGCGCAUGAGCGGAGAGGAGCAGCAGCAGGUCAAGAUGGCGAGCGACACGCUGCGCUCGCACCUCCGCGCCCUGCAGGAGGUGGACUCGCGCCGCGUGGUCCAGGUCCGGAAGAUCAGCAAGCUUGGCUUCCAGUCAGGGGCCGCGCUCGAGAGCCACUACUCCGCGUUCGGGACGGUGGAGUGCGUGCGGGUCGCGUUCUCGCACGUCAAGCCGCAGUCCACAGGGCUCGCCGUCCGGAUCCGCCCGUCGGGGUUGGGCUUCGUCGUGAUGAGCUCGAUCGAGGAGGCGGAGGAGAUCCUGAGGGCCGGGGAGAACCAGGUCGUGAGCGGGGUGGAGGUGCUCGUGCGCCCCUACGAGGUCCGCGCCGCCAGCGAGAAGGACUCAGUCGGCAAGGACGACCACGAAGACAACUUGUUUGCCGGCGCGUGA